AUGUUCAGCAGGGAUCUAAAAUUUGUGGCUAACCAAUUCAGGCGUUUACAUAGCAAGAAGCUGCAACACACAUUCCGUUAUUACUCUCACCAGUGGAGAACUUGGGCUGCUUGUUUCGUACAAGUCGCUUGGAGACGGUAUAAGAGAAAACUGUUGGCAAAGAGUCUUAGCUUGGCUGAGUCAUUCUCUUCUUAUGAUGAAGAAGAAGCUGUUGCGGUUGCUGCAACCGAGGAAAUGAUGAGUCAUGAAGGAGGGACACAGAGCUCUAAAACUCGUCAUCAUACGUCUAAUGUGAAACCGCAUUUUGCUGCCACGAUACUUGCUUCGAGGUUUGCUAAGAACACAAGGAGGACGGCUCAUAAGUUGAAAGAUGUUGAAAUACCAAUGCUGCCUAAACCUGAUGAGCCAGAUUUCUCAGUGGAUGAUUGA